AUGAAGUCCUUCGCCAUUGCUGCCAUUCUGGCUUCCACCGUCGCCGCUCUGCCCACCAACGUCAUCUCCGAGGCGAGCAGCGUUGUGCCCUCCAACAUCCCCUCCUGCGUGCCCUCCGGCGUGAUCCCCUCCGGCGCUCCUCUGCCCAGCGGCAUCCCGCUCUGCUCUCCCUCCGCUACCCCCAGCGCUGUCGCUAGCACCUCCGCCAAGUCUGUCCACAGCGUUCUGACCGUUACCAACCAGCAGUCCAAGAAUGUUUUGGUCGAGCUGGAGCCUACUGUGGCCAGCUUGCUCACUGGUCUGAACCUUGGAAGCGCCACCGACCCCGUUGGCCAAAUCAUCCAGGUGGCUGACAGCGUCGGCGACCUCAACAUUGGUAGCGGCUCAGGCCUUCUGACUGUCGCUACCAGCGAGGGCAAGGUCGCUCUGGUUAAGCUCACCUCCACUGUUGGUAGCCUGCUCUCCAGCCUCGGUCUCUCUGAUGUUACCACUGUCGUCGGCUCCCUGGUUGGCACCCUCGAGAGCGCUGUCUCCGGCAGCAUGAAGCGCGAUCCCCUCAGCGAUGUCAUGCAAAUCACUGGCCUGAACGGCAACAACCUCGUCGUUCAGCUCGAGCCCACUGUCCUCAGCCUCGUCACCGGCCUCGUUGACCUGUCCUCCGUCCAGGGCACCGUCGGCACCGUCCUGGCCGAGGUCCCCGCCGUGUCUGGCCUUGCCUCCGCUGCCGAGAAGGUUGCUGCUGACCCCACCCAGCUCUUCGGUGUCCUCGGUGAGGAUGGUACCUCUGCCAUGCUUGUCAAGGUCGAGGGCACUGCCCAGGGUCUGCUGGCCGUCCUCGGUCUCUCCAGCCUGGAGAGCACCGUUGGCAACAUUGUCUCCGCUGGCUCUCUGUAA